GAGUUCCUGUCUAGAAACGCUAGCUUUGAGAAAGGCUAAGAGAGCGCAGAGGAAGGAGACCACCAGGAAGGCAGUGUGAGUCAAAGAGUAAGCUUCCCAGACUCUAGCUCUCGAGAGACUUCUCCAACAGGCCUGCAGACAAUGCUGAGGAAGGCCUGGCUAUGCAUUAUCCUGGUGGCCUUUGUCAGCCACCCCGUGUGGCUGCAGAAGCCGCCUAAGCGCAAGACACCUGCACAGCUCAAAGCAGCCUCGUGCUGUGAGGAGAUGCGGGAGCUCAAAGCCCAGGUUGCCAACCUCAGCAGCCUCCUGGGUGAACUGAGCAAGAAGCAGGAGAGCGACUGGGUGAGCGUGGUCAUGCAGGUGAUGGAGCUGGAGAGCAGCAGCAAGCGCAUGGAGUCCCGGCUCACAGUGGCCGAGAGCAAGUACUCGGAGAUGAACAACCAGAUCGACAUCAUGCAGUUACAGGCGGCACAGACUGUCACACAGACCUCGGCAGACGCCAUCUAUGACUGCUACUCCCUCUACCAGAAGAACUACCGCAUCUCUGGAGUAUACAAGCUCCCUCCCGAUGAGUUCCUGGGCAGCCCUGAGCUGGAGGUGUUCUGUGACAUGGAAACUUCAGGCGGGGGCUGGACUGUCAUCCAGAGACGGAAGAGUGGCCUUGUCUCCUUCUACCAAGACUGGAGACAGUAUAAGCAGGGCUUCGGCAGCAUCCGAGGGGACUUCUGGCUAGGGAAUGAACAUAUCCACCGGCUUACCAGACAGCCAACACGGCUCCGUGUAGAGCUGGAGGACUGGGAGGGCAAUGCACGCUACGCAGAGUACAGCCACUUUGCAUUGGCCAAUGAGCUGAACAGCUACCGCCUCUUCCUGGGGAACUACAGCGGCAAUGUGGGGAAGGAUGCCCUCCUCUACCAUAACAACACGGUCUUCAGCACCAAGGACAAGGACAAUGACAACUGCUUAGACAAGUGUGCACAGCUCCGCAAAGGUGGCUACUGGUACAACUGCUGCACAGACUCCAACCUCAAUGGGGUGUACUACCGCCAGGGGGAGCACAGGAAGCACAUGGAUGGCAUCAGCUGGUACGGCUGGCACGGAGCCAACUACUCCCUCAAACGGGUGGAGAUGAAGAUCCGUCCAGAGGUCUACCAGCCCUGAGAGGGCUGCUGCAAGGCAGAGCCAUGGAAGUGAGGCGUGGAAGGCUGAGAGGGACAGAGCAGGGCGGGAGGAGGGUGGAGAAAGGGGAGGAAGUGAAAAGCCACUCUCUAGGGAGCACGACAGAACUUUCUCUGUGCCACCAAUGUGAGCACAUGCACACCCACUAGGACCACAGGCGCCAAUCAGUAUGCACUAGCAAAUGGCAACAGUCAGUGGACACAGCGGGGUCUGCCACUGCUGCGGACGGGGAGGAUGGCGUGGGCCCGGAGAGCAGCAGCCGUCUCCCACGUGGCUUACCCGUGGGAAACAGUUAACCCCGAGGAACUCUGCCCAUUUUCUCUAACCGAGGGAAAGAACAAUCGAAAAGACUAUUGUGACUGUCAGAGGAGAAAGAAGCCUUGAGAAACGAUGAGAAGCAGAUGGUGGCUUCCUCUCCUUAAAUCCCAUGACAUUUCCUUGUGUCUACAGGAUUUUGUUUUUCUUUUUGAGACAGGGUCUCUCUCUACAUAGCUCUGACUGUCCUGAACUCAUUAUGUAGUGGCUGGCCUUGAACUCACAGAGAUCUACCUGCUUCUGCUUCUCAAGUGCUGGGAUUAAAGGCUUGCGCCACCGCGGCAGGCAUAUAGGAUUUUUAAGAGACAAAACUGUGUGGGCUAAAGACCAGCUGCCCAGGUGGUCUCGCUUCAGGGAGUUUCCAGAGUCAGGGAACAGCACAGGCACGCUGUGGGUCUGCUGUGGGAGCGAAGGCCAGCGGAGGUGAGCACAGCCUCUGGGUGAUCACAGUACUGUCUUAACACAUUCUCAGCUGACAUACCUAUCAUACUCAGAUCCCCUUUGAAAAUACUGUCUAGAAGAAGACUGUCUGGGAAAUGAAGGUAGAUGGCGCUGUGGGUAAAACUUAACGCUGUAUGUAAGAAGCAUCUUGCUUAGUAAAAAUAAAAGAUUGUGGUCUCUGUGUUAAACAUUUAAAAUAUCUUUUUCUUUUACAAUAAAUAUUAUCAAAAUUUGA